UACUUUCGGCUUGCAGCAUCCUGCUGACGUUCUCGCUCCAGGACGGGGAUGUGCAGAGCGUGGAGGAAGCCCAGUCACGUCUCUCCUCCCUGGCUCAGAGCAACAAGCUGUGGAGUCAACAAAUGUACCUGGAUGUCGGAACGGAGGCCAUUCAACUCAGAGACAUACAGAGCCAGGAUGAGCUGGAGAACUACAACUUCAAAUCCAUCUACCGCUGCGAUGCCAUAAACACAGAAAAACACUUCCCAUCCCUCCUCAUGUUAAUCUGCCAAGGUGAAGAUCAGAAGAAGCCAGACAUUCACUUCUUCAACUGUGAGACCAUGAGGGCUGAAGAAAUCUGUGACAACAUCGCACAUGCAGUUUCGGAUUCCUCCUCCAGCAGGAGUAAGAAGGUCCCUGAUUCCCUCAGGCUUCCUCAGAGCGGGGGAGAGAUGCUCGACCCCUACGAUAUCCCAAGCCCCCCCAUUGCACAUGCUCCAAACCCCCCACCACCAAACCCUCCACCUUACCCUGGACCCAGAGCAGCAAACGCAGUGAACGGCGGGCCCGACAUCUCCUUCCUACGAGCAGAGAGAGAAGUGGGCAUCCUCAAUCACUGUUUUGACGACAUCGAGAACUUCAUGGGCAAGCUGCAGCAGACGGCAGAGGCUGUGACGGUGCUGAGCCAGAGGACGAAGAAGAAGAAGAAGAAAAGCAAAAAGCAGAGCGCUGAAGAGGAUUUACUCACUGCAAAAGCCCGCCCCCCACCAGAGGAGGAAUUCAUUGAUAUUUUCCAGAAAUUCAAAUAUUGCUUCAGCCUGCUGGCCCGUCUGAAAUCAGCCAUCUCCAACCCUUCAUCAGAGGAGCUCAUCCACCAUGUGUUCAAACCUUUGGAUAUAAUGGUGAAAACAACAGGAGGACCAGCUCUCGGAGCCUCCGUGUCCAGCCCUGCUCUGACCGAAUCCGCUGUUUCCCUGCUUCAAGACAACCUGACUGAGGAGGAGAGGCAGCUGUGGACGUCUCUGGGUCCUAACUGGACUCACCCUCGCUCCCAGCUCAGAGGGCCCAUAGCUCCGUACACCCCUAUGUUCCUAGACAAUUGGAAGCCGGAAGCCUUGAAGGCAGACGGGCAGGUUUGGGAGGAUCCGGUCGAGUCACAGCACAAGUAUGAAGCCCUCCAAGUAAAACAAGAGCAACAGCCCCCUCGGCCGCCUGGUCCUCCCAGCGAUGAAACAGAUGGCAGCACACUCCCACCAGAGGCAGAAAGACUCUACAGCUGCAGCUACGACUUCAUAGCCAGGAACAGCAGUGAGCUUUCAGUGCAGCAGGGGGAGACACUUGAGGUGAUUGAAUCAUCCAAGCGCUGGUGGAAGUGUCGCAAUCGGUUCAACCAGAUCGGCUUCGUCCCCUUCAACAUCCUGGAACCUGUAGCUCACAUAGACAGCCCCGUCACCAACAGACCCCCCAGCGCUCCCGCCGCGCCUCCCCUCACCAAGACUUUCUCUGUAGUCCCACCCAGCCCUCCUGCUCUGCCCCAGGCCCCCACCCACUCACCCCAGCGCCCACGCAGCUUACCAGCAUACAGUCAGCAUCUACCUGCUGCAGAGGACACAGAUAAAGUUAUGAUGGUGAAUGAUGAGCUGCUCCAGAGGCUGACCAAUGGAAAGGCCAAUCUAAACAAACCUCUGGUCAUCCCUCGCUCCUCAGAGACUUCCGUUCCUCUGGACUACCACUCUCCUCCAGAGGAAGUGGCUGAGUGGCUCAGAGGGAAAGGCUUCAGUGAACCGACGGUGUCAUGUUUGGGAGUGCUGACGGGUGCCCAGCUCUUCUCCCUCAACAAGGAGGAGCUACGAGCUGUGAUUCCAGAUGAGGGCGCCAGAGUCUACAGUCAGCUCACCGUGCAGAAAGCACUGCUGGAGGACGCCAGAAGAGCCACAGAGUUGGAGGCAGUCAUGGAGAAACAGAAAAUGAAGGUCGAUCUGAAGCUGGAGAGCAGCACAUUGUGAGCAGCGGGGGUCUACAUCAUGAAGAGGUUCAGUUGAAGGAUUGUGUUCAUCUGGUACAGAUGUCACCUGAAAGAGUGAACUCUUGAAUUGUUCAUUAUAUUUCACCAGAGAACAAACACAUGACAGUCACUUUACCAUCUAUAAAAAGCAUCAUUCUCAUUCUGACACAAUUACUUCAAUGCAAGCUGGUGCUGUGCAAACUAAACAUAAUUUUUGUAAAUUAUGUUGUUUUAAUGUGAGUAGUUUUCUUCCAUGUCUCAUUUCUGCCUAGAAAUUUAAGACUAACUUAAAUUAAAUGUAUUUCUUUGUAAAAUACUUGUCUACUAAUUCAACCACAAUUAACAUGUCUUGACACAAUAAAAAAUUAAAUGGUG